AUGGCAUCUCCCAGCCAAACCCAAGGCUCUGCGCCAGCCACUCAACCCAUCACACCACCGGCUGAAUCAUCCUCAGCAGCCAACGGCGUAUCUGCCCCCGCCGCGACCACCUCCGCUCAAGCAUCUAGCACCGUGCCAGCAACAGCACCCACUACCUCAACAACACAGCUACCGCAAACCCCCGGCACAUCUCUUCAAGAUAGCGGCAAAUCGCGACGCCCGCGUGAUGUGCGACUCGUGCACAUGCUCCUCGCCUCGCUCGGCGUAACAGCAUAUCAAGACCGCGUCCCCCUCCAACUCCUCGAUUUCGCAUACCGCUACACCUCCAAUGUGCUCACAGAUGCAGUGCACCUCGCCACAGAAGGAUAUGCUGGUGCCGUGGGAGAUACCGGGGCUACAGGGAAGGCAGCUGCGUCCACGGAGACGAGCGGUGUGUCAUUGCCAGCUCUGCGACUGAGCAUUGCGUCGCGUUUGCAUUACCAGUUCCAGACCGGUCUACCCAAAGAGUUCUUGAUGGAGGUUGCGUCUGAGAGAAACCGUAUUGCUCUUCCGGGUGUCAACCGAGGCUUCGAUCCUGCCGCGGCUGGCCCCAACGGCGCGCCUCCCGGUGCCUCCAACCAGAGCGUGUUGGUUGGAGGUAUGCGCUUACCGCCCGAGCGAUUCUGUCUUACGGGUACUGGGUGGAAUAUGAAGGAUGAGUGGGAUAGCGAAGGCGAAGAGGAUAUGCCCGAUGCGUCGCAGAAGGCUGGAUCAGGGCCGGCUGCUGGGGGCGAGGAAGACGAAGAGAGGGGGAUGAUGACGAUGGCGAUGGAAAGAUGGAGGACAUCUUUGGCGAGGAUACUGCCAUGGGAGAGGCUGGCGAUGGAGAUGAGGAUCAGAAGAUGA